AUGUUCCAGGAUAUUGCAGAUGUCUACCGUUUCGUCUGCGAGAACUAUAACUACGGAGAUGAGCUUAUCUUCACUGGAUUUUCCCGUGGCGCCUUUACGGCCCCAUCUGUCGCUAACAUGAUUUGCACGUUGGGAUUGCUCAACAGCUUCGGGCUGGACAAUUUUGCGGCCAUUUUCAAGGACUAUCAGAACUUUUCGAACUGGCUUUCAAGUGGCAAGAAAAAUGACAGGACAGGGGAAUGGAAGUUCACUACCACGUUUGACCGAAACAAAGACCAUAGGAAUGGUUCGACACUUGGGAAAUUUUUGAAAAGCAUUAAUGAUCCUUGGGUGCCUGGGGAAAUCGAGGUUAAGGCUGUUGGAGUUUGGGACACAGUUGGAAGUCUUGGAAUGCCAUACAGCCUCUCGAAGAUGGGCCGUAGCGAAGAUGAGAUUCGAUUUGGGAGCCAAGAUGUCCACGAACGCAUUCAACAUGCGUUCCACGCAUUGGCUUGGGACGAGUACCGAAAGCCGUUCAAGCCGACUUUGUGGAGUAGGGAUAUCAGCAACAAAAACACGCACCUUCGCCAAGUCUGGUUUCCCGGUAGCCAUAGCGAUGUGGGCGGAGGACUAGCGAAUCAGCAAAUGGCCACGAUUGCUUUUGCUUUACCAUAG